AUGGCACCGCCGACGCCAGGAAGGCAACGUGGGCCGAGACCGCAGGUCAACAACAACAUUGGCGAGGCUGGCAGAACUACCAACAUCGCACCACCAAAGGGCGUGCCGCGCGACUCUGCCGGCCACGAACGACCCGACGCCUUCUUCAGCCGCGCCGACGGCGGCGAGUACAGCGACGAUGACGAAGAGUUUGGCGACAUGGUGCGCCGGCAUCCGCCCAAGCAGGCGAGCGCGAAGAAGAAGGUCGUCAACGGGGCGAGGGGUGCAAGGGGGGAGAGACCGGACAAGUUCAUCGCGGGAGAGGAUCGUGGGCGGAAAACGGGCGUGACGAAGGCCGUCUCGCAGCGCGACGCCGAUGGCUUCGAAGACCUCGACAACUUCUUCCACUCUUCCUCGCCCGCUCGAUCAGUCGCCACGACCGCCGCCAGCCGCUCUACAGUCAAGAAGCGGCGAGAGACGCAGCUGUUCAGGCGGGAAUCGCCAGAUUACGCGGAAGAGUACCAGGAGGAGGAUGACAGCGACAUGAUGGUAGACGACGGUACAUCGCUCUCGCCGACGACCUAUCAGCGCCAACACCCAUCCUCCGCCCGCGCUCCAUCCUCCCUCCGACAUUCGACCAACGCUUCCGGCGCGCACUCCGUCUCCCGCAAAGGCCUCCAUCACUCCUCUCCGGCCGUCAACGGCUCAGCCAAGUCGAACCGCAGAAGGCUGUCGGACCUCUCGGCCGGAGACGACGAAGAUGAGUACGAGGAGGCGCAGGAUGAAGGCGAGCAGGACGAGCAGAGCGAGGACGAGGACGAGGAUGAGGUUGUGCGCGCUACGUUGGGCGCAGACCGGUUUAGCGGGUCGCCGAAGAGGGUCGACAUGGGGAAGGGCAAGGCGCGAGCACGCGACGAGGAUGAGGACGACGAAGAGGAGGAGGAGGACGACCGCCGGCCGGCGAAGAAGCGCAAGUCGGUCGCUUCGAACCGUCGGACCAGCGGAGGCGGAAGCUCGAAUGUCGGCUCGCCGACGGGCUUGAUGAAGCUCGACCGAAACGGUCGGCCGGUUCAGGUCGUCGACCGCAAGGGCAAGGGCAAGGCCGUCGAUCGGUCUCCUUCGCCUGCCGAGGACGACGAACAGCAGUUCGAGCAGCAGGACUACUACGACCAGGAUUUCGGCGGCGGGUACGACGAUGAGGAGGAGCAGCAGGCUGGCGAGCAGUUUGACUUCCAGGAUGGGGCCGACUCGCAGGAUGAGCAGCAGGACGACGAGGAGGAAGAGGACGAACAGCCGGUUGCGGGUCCUUCGUCGCGUCCGUACAAGGCUGCGCCGAAGAAGAAGGCGAGCAAGGCCACCAAGGCGACGAAGGCGAGCAAGACGACCAAGGCGACGAAGCCCUCGUCCCGCCGUGCUCGCGCAUCGUCGUCGGAGGACAGCCCACCGCGCAAGGCUAAUCAGCGGUCGAGGAAGGGCCCGGGUCUGAAGGCGCCGCAGCCGAUUAUCGAAGCCAUCGACAGGCAUUACAGGGAGGCCGGCACGAUCGAGAUUGACGGCGUCCGGCGGACGACCCGCGAGCGAUACGGCCGCCUCGAGUACUGGCGCAACGAGCGCGCCAUCUACAACCGACGACAGUCCGGCCUCGGCCUUCAAGCUGUCGUCCGCGUCCCGAAGGAGGAGCCGGCCCCAUUGACUAAGGCCGGCGCAAAAAAGGGUACGCGCGCAAGGCGCGGGACCAGCGCCAAGCCGCACAGCCGGGGCAAGUCGGUCAAGUACGAGCCGCCUGAAGAGGAAGGCUGCGACGACAUGACAGAUCCGGAUGGCCUCGUCUGGAGCUGGGAGGGCGAUGCCGAGACUUCGCGGCGCAUUGCUUUCACGGCCAAGAUGAUGGACCCGAAGCCGACGUUCGACGGCAAGUUCUCGUACCAGAAGAUCUACCAGGAGCUCGACUACCUCGCCGGCGGCGUCCUCAACAUCCCGCCUGGCGGCGAGAAGGGCCUCAAGCCGUCCAGGGACAACUCUUAUAUCUUCUACGUUAUCGAAGGAUCCGUCUCAGUCUUCUGCCAUCGCACGCGCUUCACCAUUGGCCCCGGCGGCACCUUCUUCAUCCCGCGCGGCAACACCUACCAGAUCGUCGCGACGUCCAACCGCGAAGUCAAGAUGUUCUUCGCGCAGGGCCGCCGCGUCAUCGAAUACGAGGACGGCAGCUCGCGCAACGACACCAAGUCGGGCAGCCAGCAGUUCGUCCAGUCGCAACUCGAGGCGGUCGAGGAGGAGGAAGAGGAGGAGUGA